CAUUCAAAUUACCAACCCACCCCCGGAUACGCAAGGCGUCCAAAUACUAGUAGUCACUUGAGAGACUUGCAGAUGGGAACAGUACGGUCCGGUACAAGUAUAAGAAGCUCGAAACGGCGGUUGCGGUGUAGGUGUCUCGCUUUCCGGCCCUCUCUGACGUCAAUUGUCCCUCGCACGCUUUGAUUUCGGGACUCGGAAAGUCUCUAGUGUCAUCGAUCGAGAGGAAUGGGGGGGAGGGAUUGCUAGGGCUUUCGAUUUUUCGCGGGAUUUUUUUUUUGUUGGAUGGGAUUGGUUUUUCCGGGAAAAACGCGGCCAUGGGUAAGGCUUUCAAGGAUUCUCUCAAAGCGCUCGAAGCUGAUAUUCAGCAUGCCAAUACCCUGUAACUCUAUUUCUUUCUCUGAAGCUGUGGUUUUGUUAAAACCUCUCUUACUUGCGGAAUACUGUGUUUCUGUUAAUUUCAUGUCAAAGUGUUGCUUUUGGAUUGAUUCUGCAGUUUAAUAUGCUGUUCUUCUGAAAAUUUUAGUGAUUGGUGUUGAAAUUUCAGUUGUGCGAUGAGUAGCAUACAGCUUCCGUGCUACCAUUUUUCUUUUUACCGAUUUCACUCUGUAAACUGGCAGCUGUUCUUCUCCAGCUCUUGGCAUUACGAUAUGAGUUUGGUUUGGUUAGAAAUUUUAUGGGUUGGGAUUAAGCCCCGUUUGGUACUGCUUAUAAGUAAGUAUUUUUAUUAAUUAUAGUAAAUAAGUAUUGUUCGAUGACUGACCUCUGAGGGAAAGUUAUUAUAACCCAAGUACUUCCCAGAAAUUGUUAAACGAGAGAUUUUCUGAGCAGUGCAAUGUAUGCGUUUGUUGUCGGUGCAUUGUAAUUGAACUGUUAAGUGGCGGUUAUAUUUGUGAAGUAUGUGACGGAAAAUGUCAAACCUUAGGAUGUUGCUUGGUAUUUGGGAAGUACUCUUCUUGGUCUUUAAACAGCUAAAGUUAAUGCUAUACUUUGGCCAUUGGGUGUGAGAAAGUUAGUCACUAAGCUUAAAUGCUAUGAUAAUACAUGGAAAUUCCAAAUUUGUUCAACUGAUAAGUUUUCAGACUUCAACUGUAUUAAUAUCGACAUUGGGAAUUUUUAAUCCAGAUUGAACAGAGCAUAUCUACAGUGAUUUUUGGCAAGCCUCGAUUCCUUAGCUGGUGUAGAAUAACAUCUAAUUAUGUGUUUAGGAGCGUGAAUUUCAGGCCUAGGAUUUGGAUUUGUGUGAAUUUGGACAAAGUUCAAUACAAUUUUGUACUGUAAUUUGUCCAAAUCCACCCUUGACCCUCCUGAACACAGGGUGACUUUAUUCAUGAACCUUCUUCUUGAUGUUCUUUAUUAUCAAAAUUUAGAAGUGGACGUCCAAACUAGCGGGCAAAGUUUUAGGAAGCCCUUAUUAGCUCAAGAAUCACAUUCAUAUGUGAUAUUGCAACCUUAUUCUAAUCUUGCUUGGUCUGUUGGAUAUGUAUGAUACUGGAUUAUUGAUCUUCAUUUGAGGCAUGACAAUCCACUAGCUAUUGCUUUGUGCCUAAGUUCUAAACAUGGCCUCGGGUUGCCCAAGGGAGAAUGACGGAGCAUGCCUUCAGAUGAGACUGUCCUACAGUCCUGCUGCUCGCUUAUUUCUCUUUCUUGUUCAAUGGACAGACUGUCAUCUUGCUGGUGCUCUGGGCUUCCUUAGAAUAUUAAUUCAUUUGACAUAUGCAGAUGGGAAGACGACUAUGUCUGUCCAAGAAAGAAAAGCAAGCAUUAGAGAAUUCUAUGCUGUGAUAUUUCCUUCUUUAUUGCAACUUCAAAAAGGGAUCACUGAUUUGGAAGAUAGCAAACAGAGAGAGGUGUGUACUAUUAGGUACAAAAAGAAUGAUGAAUUGAACAGGGGGAAAAACUCUGCUUCUGAUGUAGAGAGAGAAGAGGAGUGUGGGAUUUGCUUGGAGAUGAACAGCAAGGUUGUAUUGCCCAAUUGUAGCCAUUCAUUGUGCAUGAACUGCUAUCAGGAAUGGUGUGCACGGGCUAAAUCAUGCCCCUUCUGUCGAGAUAGCCUGAAACGGGUGAACUCAGGUGACCUUUGGAUUUACCCUUGCAAUAUCGACAUCGUUGAUCUAUCCAUAGUUUUGAAAGAGAACUUGAAGAGGCUAUUCAUAUAUAUCGACAAGUUGCCUUUAAUCGUUCCAGACUCUGUGCUUGUUCCUUAUGAUUCUCAUCUCAGGUGAGGAGUAGAGGAUGCCUGAUUGUAUAUAAGUCCCGAACAUGCACAUUUGAACUUGUAAAUUCCAGCCGGCACAUCUUAUGCAUAGAGUUUUUUCUAUUCAAUGAUUUUUCUGUAUUGAAUAUAAAACCUUUCUUAUUUUAAUUCUAUUUAAAUUGUUUUUUGGAAA